UUCAAAUUUCCACGUUCAUCACAGCCCCUGCAGUGUGUGCCUCUGAUAACUGUCUGUUAGGUCAAAUUUGAUAUGUGCAGUGUGGAUUAAUAAAAAAAAAUCAUAAAUUAUUUCAAAAGGUUAAUUUGGAAUUCCAAACAUAUUUAGAGUCUUUUCAAAAACUUGUCUUCCCAAAAGCUUCUCUUUCCUACAGCCUGGAUCACAAGUACAUAAACAAAAAUGCAAAUUAGGAGAUGACAUCAUCUAGCGACUUUUAGGACAGCCAAUAAUAACUUUGUUUGAUGAGGAGUUUACAACAGUGGUUAUUGACUCUGUCUAAAGGCAGCUUGCUCUAUUGCAGAUGAUCUCACAGAGGAACAUGGAUUGGGUCUCAGCUGCUGCUUUCCUGUUUCUUCUGUCCUGUUUUCUUGGUACAGCCUCCGGCUUGCUCAGCAAUGAUUUUUCUGAAUGCAAGGAGUUCUUCUAUGAUGACAUUCCACCACAAGGAAUAGCAGUCAAAGAUUCUCAGCCAAUAUGCCAGAAAUACAAGAACAAGAUGCGCUUUGCCACAUUGUAUGACCGCAAGCAUUUGGUAGCAUUGUAUUCUGCAUACAUCGUCAGUCUGCCUGAGGAAAAUAAAAAACUAAAAGAUGAAGUUUGGAUGUAUGAGCCACAGUUAACUGAUGCAAAUGGACAACAAGAAAUGCAUCCACUGGAAUUGAAAGAUCAGUUUAAUGAACAGGCAUCCCUUCAAGACUACAGAGAAAGCUCUUUCUACACCAAGGGGCAUCUGGUCCCAAAACAGCACCAAGGAACUUUAGAAGACAAAGAGGCAACAUAUACCCUGACCAAUAUAGUGCCGCAGCGAGAAGGCUCAAAUGCCGAGACAUGGAGCAAGCUGGAGUCAGAAAUAUUAAAGAGAAAGAAAUCCUGCGAUGGAAACAUGUAUGUGAUUACGGGAGCAAUUCCCUUUAAGACUGAAGAUAAAAUCCCUGACAGCAUUAGGAAGGCGAAUGAUAAAGUGUAUGCACCUGAGUACAUUUGGUCUGCUUAUUGCUGCCCUGAUUUUAAGAAAGAUCUGAAAGAAGAAGACAAAAAAUUGUUCCCCACUUAUGCAGCUGUGGGAAGAAAUUAUCCUGAUAGUAACAAUGACAUUGUACGCAAAGAGUCAGAGAAAGGUUAUGAUGUGAAGCAGAUGCCCUUGAGAGACCUGGAGGCCAUACUGAAGCAACGGCUGAAUAAGGAGAUAACUUUAUUUCAUAAGCACUGUAGAGCUAAUUAAAUGGCUGUUGAUUUCCCUUCAUUCAGGCAAUGUAUUGCAUAUAUGAUCAUUUAAUUAACAUUUAUGUGCAACAUCUUCAUAAGUGGAAAUUGAUAAUUAUCAUAAAUGUGAUCACUGAUAAGUUGCUUUUUGUCUUGAAUUUGUGAAAUAUUCAAUAAAGUCAAAUCUGCAUUA